AGACUCCCCACGGCCGGAGCUGUCCCUCCCCACGGACACCCGCUUCCCCACGCCGGUCAUGCCGGGACCGCGCCGGGAUCGGCCGGCCGUUUUGCUGUUGCUCGGAGCCUUGCUGGCCGCCGAUCUCUACUUCCACCUCUGGCCGCGGGCUCGGCGGGAGCUGGCGCCGGGGAACCCGGCUUGUCCCUGCCGCCGCCGCCGCCCCGCUGCCGUCUCCCCGCCGCCGCCGCCCCGCUCCCGCACCGCCUCCGCCCUGCGGCGCCUGUUCGCCCACCCCUUGUACCGAGCCGCCGUCCCGCCGGGCCCCGCCGAGCCGCUGCUGGGCGCCCGCGAAGCCCUGCGCUACUACCGGCGGAAGGCGGCUCGCUGGAACAGGAGACACAAGCUUUACAGGGAAGAGCUCAACCUAACCUCCCCGGCAGCACCGCUGCCGCUCCGGCCGGAGGCCAGUUGGCUCCAGUUCCACCUGGGCAUCAGCCGGGAUGGGCUCUACCCGCGCUCCAGUCCCACCGUCAACAGACUCCUCCGGGACAUGCAAGACUUCACCACUAUCAGUGCCGACUACAGCCAGGACGAGAAAGCGCUGCUGGGAGCCUGCGACUGCAGCCAGAUCGUGAAGCCCAGCGGCGUGCACCUGAAGCUGGUCCUCAGGUUCCAGGAUUUUGGGAAAGCCAUGUUCAAGCCCAUGAGGCAGAAACGCGAGGAAGAGACUCCCGAGGACUUUUUCUACUUUGUUGACUUCCAGCGGCACAACGCGGAGAUCGCCGCCUUCCACCUGGACAGGAUCCUGGAUUUCCGGAGGGUGCCACCCACAGUUGGGAGGUUGAUCAACGUCACCAAAGAGAUCCUGGAAGUCACCAAGAACGAGAUCCUGCAGAGCGUCUUUUUUGUCUCGCCAGCCAGCAACGUCUGCUUCUUUGCCAAGUGCCCGUACAUGUGCAAGACUGAGUACGCAGUGUGUGGGAACCCUCACCUCCUGGAAGGGUCCCUCUCCGCCUUCCUGCCGUCCCUCAACCUGGCACCACGACUCUCCAUCCCAAACCCAUGGAUCCGCUCCUACUCGUUUGAUGGAAAAGAGGAGUGGGAAGUGAAUCCGCUCUACUGCAACACAGUGAGGGAGAUCUACCCCUACAGCAACGGCAACCGGCUGCUUAACAUCGUCGACAUGGCCAUAUUUGACUUCCUAAUAGGGAACAUGGACCGUCACCACUAUGAAAUGUUCACCAAGUUUGGGGACGACGGCUUCCUCUUACAUCUGGACAACGCCAGAGGGUUCGGGCGUCAUUCCCAUGACGAAACCUCCAUCCUGGCCCCGCUCUCCCAGUGUUGCAUAAUAAAGAGGACAACGUUAUUACGACUCCAGCUCUUGGCUGAGCCCGAAUAUCGGCUCAGCGACGUGAUGAGGGAAUCCCUCCUGCAGGACCGCCUGGCACCUAUCCUCACCGAACCCCAUCUCUUGGCUUUAGACAGACGGUUACAGCUCAUCCUGAAAGCUGUGAGAAAAUGCAUAGACACUUACGGAGAAGCCAAGGUGGUGGCCAACGACACCACACAGCCCGAGGCUCCUGCAUCUGACAGAGUGAAGCUGACCACUUAAAACAGUCCUUAACUUAUGCUCAGAGGUAGGGAAAACCCCUGCAAGGCAAGCGGCAAGGUUUAAUAGCUGGUAAUUUCCAUCUACAAACACUUGUGGAGACUGAGAGGGGAAACUCUUCAAGAAUCACACUGGGCUUCCAUGCUGGGUACGCAACCAAAGCUUCUGGGCUUGGUCAGUGUGUUGGUAAGUUGUGGUCUGACCGCAGCAGACCCUUACACCCCGAACACCAGCUCUCUGGUGGAAAAGCAGUGAUCUCCUGUUCUGUAGUUGGUCGUGCCUUUGGGAGAGCGGGGGAACACAUGGCCGUUGGUUUGCUCAACCUGCACAGGAUCUCGGUCUUGCUAGUGAAAGACACUAACUAGAUCCAAGGAUGAGGCUUGAAUAAAGAGAUGCCAAGAGCAUUUUCCUCUUA